ACCACGGAGCCAUUUACGCGAGAGCACAAUUUCAGUCUUCCGAGCUGAAAAUCCUCACACCCGCGGAAGCGUGGGGGUGGGGUACAUGACCACUUGAUUAAAUUUCGAAAAUGCAUAUAUUCUUCUACACAAUCAAAGUAAGACCGGCAAACGACAACAAGGAACGAGGUCCGACAGUGGAAAUGGUGAUGAUAUUCGGUCAAGUCAAAAUCAUAAAAUCUUAAAUUGGUCCUUGCUUCAUCUCCUUCAUCUUUCUCCAAUCUUUUUCAUAAUUUCAUCCUUCAUCGUACCUAUCGUCGUACGACACUUGUCCCUAUCCUAAACAUAUUCAAUAUGGCACCCGUUGCUGCUGCUCCUGCAGUCGUUGCUGCUCAACAGCUCUCCCUCAAGGAAAACCUUACCUUGAUGGCCACUCAUGAAUCCAAGUUGGAACUAGUCAAGAGUCAAGCACAAAUGCCAGGUCCUGGACAAGCAUUAGUUCAUGUUCGUGCAACAGGUGUUUGUGGAUCUGACGUUCAUUUCUGGAAACAUGCAGGUUUAGGUCCUUGGAAGAUCACUGACAAGACAGCACUCGGACACGAAUCAGGAGGUAUUGUGAUCGCAGUCGGAGAAGGUGUCGUUAACGUCAAACCCGGCGAUCGUGUUGCAAUUGAACCUGGAGUUCCAUGUGGAAAGGCAACCUGCAACUUCUGCUUGACAGGUCAAUAUAACCUUUGUCCUUCAGUUGACUUCUAUAGUGUUCCUCCAGCUGAUGGUACACUGAGAAGAUAUCAUUUGCACCCUGCCGGUUGGUUACACAAAGUUCCCGAAACAAUGUCUUAUGCUGAAAUUGCACUUUUGGAACCUCUUUCGGUUUGCUUGCACGCAACCGCUCAAGCUCAAUUACGUCUCGGUCAACCAUGCUUGAUCACAGGUGCAGGACCAAUUGGUGUUGUUCAAUUGAUGUGUGCAAACGCCUCAGGUUGUUCUCCAAUCGUUAUCACCGAUCUUUCACAAGAACGUCUAGACUUUGCUAAGACAGUCGUACCAGAAGUGAUUCCAUUCAAGAUCGAUUUGAGCAAGACCGAACAAGAAACUGCUCGUGAAAUCGUUGCAACGUUCACAAAAGCCUGCUCCGGUGUUGGAGGUACAGGAUUGAAUGGAGAAGUUAUGCCUGCCGUCACGAUGGAAUGCACUGGUGUCGAAAGUAGUAUCGCAACUGCCGGUUAUGCAACCCAACCUAGUGGUUUGGUGUUUGUGAUCGGUGUUGGUUCUUCUUUCCUGAAAAACUUCCCCUUCAUGCACUUUUCCACAAACGAAAUCACACUCAAGUUCUUGUUCAGAUACCGUGAUACAUGGCCAAGAGCAAUUCGUUUGGUCUCUGCUGGAAAGAUUGAUGUCAAGAAGAUCGUCACAGCUCAAUUCCCAUUGGAACGUGCUAAAGAAGCUGUUGAACAUGCUGCCGACCGCACCAAAUUCUCUGUCAAGACACUCAUUGUCGAUGAAGAAUAAAUCAUUCGUUCACCAAUGUUCCUUUCCCUGU